AUGCAGUUGAAACCUUCAAGAUUUGUUCGGUUCAUUGGAUUCCUCAUUUUCUCGAUCAUCAUCGGCGGUGAAGGCUCUGAGAAUCGCUUUGCCCUCCUCCUCAUCUUCGCUAUUCCACGGCUUGAGAGCAAAGGAAGCCAGGAACGUCGUCCAGCCGCCAUAACUCUUGACUAUCUCUCGUUCGGCGGGAGUAAGGGGAGGCUCUACGGCAGGGUAUACCCUCGGCCCCCGCCGGCCGCGUUCUCCACUAUGCCUUCGCACCUCGUCACCAGCGCUGUCGAACCUCUCGCCGACCACUAUAUUCUUACACCUCUGCUCCUCAUCGUAGCCAGCUUAGCUAGCAGUAUCAUCUAUAACCUCUAUUUCCAUCCGUUGCGCUCAUAUCCAGGCCCGUUUCUCGGCCGAGCUACGAUACUGCAUGCAUUAUUUUGGGAGUUCAGGGGCUCUUUGCACUUGAAGAGCAAGAAAUGGCACGACAAAUAUGGUGAAGUGGUGCGCGUAGCACCUAACCAGCUAUCAUACAAUUCCAGCCGCGCAUGGGAAGCAAUCUGCGGACAUCGUACAAGUGCUGCCAAAGGCCUCUUUGACAAAGACCCCGAGUUCUUCCCUGAAUCACCCAAAGGGCCACCACAUAUUGUACCCCUCAAAGCGCAAGAAAUCCUCCUGCAGGGUUAUGUCGACUUUUUCGUCUCCCAACUUCGGGAACGAGCCUCGGUAGACAACGGCGUUGUGAACAUGGUUCAUUGGUUCAACUUCACUACCUUUGAUAUAAUUGGCGACCUUGCAUUUGGCGAAUCAUUUGGAUUGCUGGAAAAGGGUAUAUGGCAGAAGUAUCUCUCGGCAAUGUUUGGGAGCUUAGAAUUUGCCGUUUACUUCCGUGCUAUUAGACGUGUCUUCCCAAGGUCAAUGGAGAAGUUUAUCGAGAGGAUGGUAACACCAACUUCCUUCAGGGGGGAUCGACAGUAUUUAUUCGACGUUGCUGAAAGCAAACUGGCAAACCGGGCUUCCAUUGAGACAGAAAGACAGGACUUCGUAUAUCACAUGCUCAAAGGGUCCAAAGAGGCCAUUGGCGACGACGGCCUGAGUUUUGAAGAUAUGCUUGCUCAAAGCCAAUUAUUGAUUGUUGCAGGCAGCGAAACAACGGCAACUGCACUUUCCGGAAUGCUAUACUACCUCCUCGAGGAGCCUUCACAGAAAUCCCUAUCCCGCCUAGUUGAAGAAAUUCGUUCGUCGUUCAAUACUGAAAGUGAUAUUACCUUCCACAGCACCACAAAGCUCAAGUAUUUACAGGCCGUGCUUGAGGAGGCGCUGCGCGUUUACCCGCCAGUGCCAAGUAUUUUCCCCCGUGUAACUCCCGAGCCAGGUCAAGUUAUUUGCGACAAGUUCGUUCCUGCUGGUACCACUGUUGGGAUGCAUCAUUACUCAACUUACCAUUCUGCGGAAAAUUUCUUUGACCCGGAUGCGUUCCAUCCAGAGCGAUGGCUUGAGGGAGAGGAUUCUCGAUUUAUCAAUGACAAUAAGAGUGCAUUCCAUCCGUUUUCGCAUGGUCCCAGAAAUUGCCUGGGAAAGAACCUGGCAUAUGCGGAGCUCAGACUGAUUACAUGCAAGUUCUUCUGGAACUUCGAUGUUGAGUCACAGCCGGAAAACAAGAAUUGGAAAGAUCAGCCCACGAAUUCCCUUUGGAUAAAGAAGCCUCUCCUAGUGAAACUUCGUCCAAGAACGGGUUCGUAA